UCACCUAAAGAAAAACCCACCCAAUAAAUUUUACAACUCGUCCCAUACUUCCCUUUUUACGUUCACCGACAAACCUCCAUGACCUUAUCGCCAUCAAUAUCGUCGUUCGAUCCGUCAACCUUCUGAAAUAUCUUGCCGAUUUUGUCAACAAAAUCACUCGGAAGAGGCUUGAUCUAUUGAAGAAGGUAAUAUGGAGCCUGCAAUGGAUACGAACAGCCAGGCGAAUGGCGGUAACGAUGAUGCAAAUAAAAAACAUGUUGGGUAUACGCAGCCUGCGUAUGUGAGUGGAUGGAUGUAUGUUAGUGAACAAGGACAGUAUUGUGGACCUUAUAUACAGGAGCAACUGUUUGAGGGUCUAUCUACUAAUUACUUGCCGGAAGAUCUUCCUGUGUAUCCCAUCUUGUGUGGAAACUUGGGCAAUCCUGUGCCCUUGAAGUACUUUCAGCAGUUUCCCGAUCAUGUUGCCACAGGCUUUGUUUAUUUAAGUGCUUCUGUAUCUAGUGUUAAGGAGAAUUCUGAUAAAAAUCCUAAUGAGAGCAUGGAUUCCAAGAAAGGAGAAGUUCGUACGGAUGCAGACUCUAUCUCCACUCAGGAGAUACCGAAAUCUGAAGCAGCCAACUUAACUAUAUCAUUUCCAUCAAUGUCAAGCGAAGAAUCAUGCUGGUUUUUUGAAGAUGACAAGGGAAAAAAACAUGGCCCACAUUCUCUUAUGGAGCUUCAUUCUUGGCUUCAUUAUGGAUAUCUUAAAGGUUCAGUGAUGGUUUAUCAUUCCGAGAGUAAAGUUAUGCCCUGUAAUCUGCAAUCUUUGAUAUGCUCUUGGUUUACAGCUGGACAUGAAAGUGUUUCUAAAGCCAAUCCUAAGUACAAUGAAACAGAACUAACUGAUUUUAUGCACAAUAUUUCUGAGGAGGUCUGCUCUCAGUUACAUUCUGGAAUUAUGAAAGCAACAAGAAAGGUGCUGUUGGAUGAAAUAAUAAGCCAUGUAAUAAUGGAGCGUGUGACUGCAAAAAAAGCUGAGAAGCAUCUCAAGCCUGAAGAGUCGAAGCAGAUAAUCAAAACCUGCUCAUCGGAUGGCAUAACGGAGUUGGAGGACUGUUCUGGGAGUGAAGGAGUGGCAUCUCAAAGUGUUCACAAACAAACGCCCCCGUCAAAACAUGUGGAAUCUUCUGGAACCAAGAAAUUUGUUGGUAGCUUAGAGAAAACAUACACUGAUUUUUCCAGAAAGCUUUUUGACUCAUGCAUGCAAGUUAUCUGGAAUGCUGUCAUCUAUGAUUCAGUAGCAGAUCAAAUAUCUGUAUGGAGGAAGGAAAAAAUGUGGUCCAGCCGUAACGUUGUCGUUGAGUCAACUGAGAAGUUACCCGAGUUGACUGAGGGGAUACCUGUAGAAGAUCCUGAACAACUUUCUAAGGACGAUUAUCCUCCUGGUUUUGAAGUUACUGUAAAACCUGAAGAAGUCGCUUCAAAAGGUGAUUGUUUUAGGGAUGAUGACUUGGAACACAUAAUUGAAGGCGUAGAAAGUGACAUCCAUUUGUCUGCAAGGAUGUCUUUGGAUCAGUAUAUCGAAAAUCUUGUUGAUAUGGAAGUGAGGAGAGUUGUUAAGGCUAAAAGAAAAGUUCAAAUUAAGGAGGUUACUGUUGACCCCCGAGCUCAGCGAAGUCAUACAGAUCGAUCUGGUGUUUCUAAUAAUUCUCAAACAAAAUCAUAUCAACAAAGUAUUUCUGUAUCUAGGAUGCCUUCGUCUAAUUGGUUUGCAAAUGCUUUCAUGAAAGUAUAUGCACAUGAGGAUGUUGUUCAAAAUAAACAUAGCCGGCAAUUGAUUGUGUCUAAGGAAAAUUCUAGAACCAUAGUUCCUCAAGCACGUCUAUUUCGUCCUUCAAGAGCAAUUUCGUCUAUUCCUAAGAUUGGGAUCUAUGUUAUUUUGGCAGCUUGUCGACAGAAAUUGCAUGAAUUUGUGCUGAAGGAGUGGUUAUCCAUAACUUUGAAGGAUGCAAUUAGUAAACAUAGUAAAUCGGACCAUUCUUCUAAGAAGCACAAAAACCUAGAUACGGACAUGGGAGGAGGAAAUAAAAGAAGGAAGACGACUGUAGAGUUCCAGGCUGCAUUUGACAAAUACAGGGAACAAUUAAGGAAUGGUCAAAGUGAAAGUCAAAGCACAGGAUCUUUAGAACCAUCUUUUGGCGAUGUAAAUUAUACUUAUUUCCGCACCAGGAAAUCAAAGAAAAGAAAGUUUGCAUCUUUAUCUGGUCAACUGAAAGCUGGACAAUUGGUUGAGACUUCAAGGAGACGGGAUCAUUUAACUGAACAUGAGGUAGCUAAUAAGCUGGUUGAAUAUAGUACUGCAGCUGUAUUAAAGUAUCGUGCAACUAAACAAAUCAUGGAUUCCAACUUUCAUGGAGUUCAACCGUCAUCCAGUGGUGUGACAUACCAGAACUCUGUGAAGGUUUCCACCUUACGUCAAGAAUCUAGCAAAGAUAUCGAUCCAGAUUUUACUGUGAAUGCUUAUGAUGUUGGAAGCCAGAAAGUCCUUGCUGCUAAUUCAAAUGUUUCAAAAUCGCUCAAAGUGAGAAAACUAAAAAGGAAGAAGUAUGUGGAUGAUGCACCCGAACCGGUAGCAAUUGGUGGUGCCAAGAAGAUUAAAAAUAGCAAGUCAAAGAAAUCAAAAACUGGCCCUAUAUCUAUUGGAUGUGCACGUUGUUCAAUCAGUGGGUGGCAAUGGCGUAAGUGGUCGUUACAUGCAAGUCCUGCUGAACGGGCUCGUUUUAGAGGAACUCACAUAAUUAAUGCUGCAAAGUAUACCACUAGUGCUCCAGAGGCCAGUGCGUUUUCUCAUCUUUCAAAUGUCAAGGGAUUAUCUGCUAGAACAAAUAGGGUCAAGCUACGAAGCCUUCUUGCUGCUGCAGAUGGUGCUGACCUUUUAAAAGCUACUCAGCUAAAGGCAAGGAAAAAACGUUUACGUUUUCAGCGAAGUAAGAUACACGAUUGGGGUUUGGUUGCACUCGAGCCAAUUGAAGCUGAAGAUUUUGUUAUUGAAUAUGUUGGUGAACUUAUACGCUCUCGUAUUUCUGAUAUCCGUGAACGACAUUAUGAGAAGAUGGGAAUUGGUAGCAGUUAUUUAUUUAGACUUGAUGAUGGUUAUGUGGUUGAUGCUACAAAGCGCGGUGGAAUCGCGAGAUUCAUCAACCAUUCAUGUGAGCCUAAUUGUUAUACAAAGGUUAUAAGUGUUGAUGGUCAGAAAAAGAUAUUCAUCUAUGCAAAGAGACAUAUAGUUUCAGGAGAAGAAAUUACUUACAAUUACAAGUUCCCAUUGGAAGAGAACAAGAUCCCCUGCAACUGUGGCUCUAGGAGAUGCCGUGGAUCCAUGAAUUGAGAAGGCCCUAUCACGGUUGAUAUAUGGUUCUACUUUGUCUGGGACACUGAUAAUCGAGCGGUUCAUCGCUUCUGAAUGCGAGAAGUUCAAUGAUAAUGAUGGUAGGCUAUUGUUGUGGAUGCUUGCAUGACUGACCAUUAUAACCCCCAUGAUGUCGUCUCAGGGUUUGUUGAACUGUUGAAGAAGAAGAAGCUGUUCAUGUGCAUAUUCUUGUAGCUUGUCUUGGUUGCAGAUGAGUUUCUCCCCUUCAAUUUUGUAAAUCAGUUAGUUAAUAAUCCUGUGUUUAUAUUUACUCUUGUACAAAACAUGCCUAGGAUUUUCGACUCCAAAACCAGUAUAAUUAAAUUUAUUAUUUUUAGACAAGUCUCUUUUUUGUUUGGAUUGCCUUUGGGAUUAAAUAGCUAUUACCGUGUGUGAAAAUGUGUAUAAUGAAAACCCGACAAUAAACCACUAUUUGCAAACUUAAACAUAUUAGGCGUUGUAUGCUCAUUUCGUUGAUUUGUUCUGUUAGUGAGCAAAUUGCUUAAUCCAUUUUUUAAAACCGUGAUUGAUGUAUCUUUUCAUACAAGUUAUAAAAAAGGCCAAAUGGGUGUGUGGACAAAAACAUGUAUGUGUAUACACGCACAUGCUAGGUUCAGCAAAUUCUUUUUGCAUGUGACAACAAUGCAAUGUGAUAGUAAUCUAUAGUUUUGUGUUCUUUAAUUGAUUUAGGCGCAGGCAGGGGUAAAAUUGAUUUCAACGAACCUCCGUCACGGGCAAAUGUGGUGUUUUACAACCGUCUGGGUCGGAAGCUUUUAGGCUAUUCAACAUCUUUCAUCUAGGCGUGUUACUCAACCUGCCUGCCGGUCGGUUUUUGUGGGUUCCAAGAUUGUGUUUGCUAUUAUGAAAGGGUAAGAAUGGAUUAGGAGUUGUAACUUGGAACUUUAUAAAAAAUAUUUGUGCAACAUGAACAUUUCUAGAUGGUGGGACGUAUGUUUUCGUUUAAUAUUUAUGUCGAGUCCUACAUUAAUAGUUUUAUUCUGUUCGUAGGAACGAUAUCAAGCCAUAAGGCAUGCCUCGCCUAUGAAUGUGUUAUUAAUUUGUUUUGCCCGUAGGAAAAAUACUAAGCCGUAAUGAAUGCUUUGUUUCAAAUAUCACCAAUGUAUUGCAAUGACCGGAUGCGAGAACUUUACAGUUAAAUGUGCAUGAGUAGAAGCAAUUCAUGAUCGGUGACCUCGUGGAAAGUUUUCACCCGGACAACAACUCCAUGAGCUUCUUAUGGGCGGAACAUACAAUAUUGAUCGGUGUGAAAGGCGAGAUGUUAUUAUGUAAUUGUUUGUAAAUGUGUCAAGUCGUUUGAUCUUGCUUUAGUGAUAUGACGAAUUAAUUUGCAAAAAGGAAAAAUUACAAGUUU